AUGGCCGCUUCAAUUGCACCAAAAGCUAAAACUACCGUACUGUCUCUUUCAAAAAAGAAAACAUCCGCAUCUUCCCUCGGUGCACCUGCCCAACACAACCAGUCCAGCAGGAGGGGAAAGAAGGCAUGGAGAAAGAACGUUGACAUCGAAGACGUCGAGGGACGGUUAGAGGAGAUCCGGGAUGAGGAGCGGACAUUCGGAACAGCCCUGCAUGCGAAGAAAGACGAGGACUUGUUCAUAGUCGACAAGAAGGGCGACGAAAAAGUCCGCGCAUCCCUCAAAAAAUUCUCCCGUACCGCCCUCUCCUCCCACAGAAUUCUGUCCGAGCGCUCCGCCAUCCCCGCCGUCUUUUCCCGCCCCUCUAUAACCGCAAGCAAGCGCAAAUCUGUACCUCGUCUCACUCAUGUCGAGAAAGAUCGCAUGCUGCGCAUCGGGAAGCGCUCGCGGAAGGGCCCGCUGAACAGCAUCAUCGACCAUGAGCAGUUUGGAGAGGGGAGCGCACUGCUCGACAUCAGCGAAGCCGUAAAACAGAGCGGGCAAUACGACGUAUGGGUGGAGGACGUCGAAGGCACGAAAGUGAAGGCUCCAAAAACCCCAAACCCUCGUGCCAACAUAACGCUCCCCGCUAUCCCCGCGCCGCACGCUGGCACAUCCUACAACCCUCCCGCGUCCGAGCAUGAGGCACUCCUCCGCAACGCACACGACGUCGAAGCCGUGCGGGCCAAACAGGCUGCCGAGGCCGAGGCUUUCAAGGCCCGCAUAAUGAACGCGCGGCGGGAGAUUGACGAAAAUGAAGAGGCAAACGGGGUACCGGGAAUGCUUGUCGAUAAGCCAGAAGACCACCCCGAAGACGAGGCGGGCGAACCGCAGGACGGCGAGGCCGUGGUGCACAAGAUGCCCGAACGCAAGACGAAGCAGCAGCGGCGCAAGGCCGAAAAGCAGCGUGCAGAAAAACGCGUGCUCGCAGAAAAAGUAUACCGCAGAAGACUGUUGGCUUCCGUCGAUUCCGCCAAGCGCCUGCGCGUUGCCGCAGAAGCAUCACAGGCGACCCGUGCGCAGAUCCAGGCCCUACAGCAGGCCAAGCUCGCAGAGCGUCUCCAAAACGGCCUGAUGGGACUGCGCCUGGGCAAGCACAAGGUGCAGGAAGGCGCACUCGACGUGCAGCUCGGCGAGGAGCUGAGCGAGAGCCUGCGGGGCUUGAAGCCGGAGGGAAACCUUUUCAGGGAUCGUUUCAUCAGCAUGCAGCAUCGUGCUCUCGUCGAACCCCGUGUUCCUGUGUUGCCCACGAAGCGCAAGAACAAAUUCAAAGAGGUGGAGAAACAUGCUUGGAAGCGCUUCGACCAGGUGCCAGAGAGGUUUUAG